GCUCCAGCCUUCAACCUAGCUCCUAAUCGUGCCCCAAUAGAUACGAGACAAAGAGUAAUCAACCUCACCACGGAUUAUACAAAUACAAGUAUAUCGGAUUCUGAUCUUUAUUUAUUUCACUGCAUUGCAACAUAAGAACAACAGAUCGGUGCAUGCCAAUUUACGAUUAGUUGUGGUUUUGUUAGACUAUAUGGUUCCUUGACCUAGAUACACCUACGCCUCCGCCGGUCUGUCCAUCACAUAUCGUCAAGAUGGCGAUCAGCCCCAAAAUACUCAUACCGUUCCUGGUAGCCAUGAUGCUGGUUACGGGAGUCUGCAAUACACUUCUCACAAAAUAUCAAGACAAUGUUUGCGUCCGGAAUUGCGACAAUCCCGAUCCCAAGAAACGAGCGUUAUUCGAACAGCCGGUCAUACAAACGGCUCAAAUGUUCAUUGGAGAAAUGGGCUGCUGGCUAUUUGUUGGCGCACUUUCUCUUUAUCGCCGCUAUGUCGCAAAGAACCUAAAGCCUGAAGAGAAUGGUUAUGAAGCAGUUGAUACAAAUGAAGGAGAGGCCGCAGAUAACGAUGGGGCGAGCAUCUUAACAACUUCGACUGCAAAGGCGAUGGAUUUGGACGAAAACAGGUUACCAUUGGUGGGAUGGAGAGUGCUAUUGUUAGCAUUGCCGGCUAUCUGUGAUAUCUGUGGAACAACUUUGAUGAACGUCGGUCUCUUGUUUGUAGUCCCCUCAAUUUACCAAAUGACUCGAGGAGCUUUGGUGCUCUUUGUUGGAGUUUUCAGUGUACUCUUUUUGAAAAGAAGGCUUCACUUAUUUCAGUGGUUUGCUUUGGUGACCGUUGUCCUUGGAGUCGCUGUUGUUGGUCUGGCUGGAGCUCUCUACCAGGAUGACAAAGCUGCGCCGUCUUCAACAGCGCUUGUACACGACGCACUAAAGCUAGCCGCAAGAGAAGCCAGAACUCCAGAAGCCCUACGCGCUAUUAUUGGCGUGUUUUUAAUUGCGGGCGCUCAAAUAUUUACUGCUUCUCAAUUUGUUUUGGAGGAAUACAUUCUGGAAAAUUAUGCUCUGGAACCUCUCAAAGUUGUAGGCUGGGAGGGUCUUUUCGGGUUUGGGGUUACGAUUUUUGGUAUGAUCGUACUCCAUCUUGCAGUCGGUAGAACCACAGCGGGAAGAUAUGGAUACUUCGAUCUUGUUGAAGGAUGGAGACAAAUCACACACUACAAAGCCAUUGGAGUCUCAAGUGUGCUUAUCAUGAUUAGCAUCGGUGGAUUCAACUUCUUUGGACUUUCUGUAACCAGAACAGUCAGUGCCACAUCUAGAUCCACCAUUGACACUUGUCGUACACUCUUUAUUUGGAUUGUAUCACUAUUUCUGGGAUGGGAAACUUUCAAGUGGUUGCAAGUUCUUGGCUUCGUGUUACUCGUGUACGGAACUUUCUUGUUCAACGACCUUGUCCGACCUCCUUUGAAGUCUUGCAUCGUUCGUGAUGUGGAUGAGCUCUUGCCAGAAGAACCUAUUGAACAUAUGUAAAUGCUUUUAGGAGCCGCACGGGGAGCUGUGUACAGUAGGAGCCUUAUUCGGAGAGAACAGCAUAUGGGAGAGAACUAAGAGAAUAGUAAGGGAUCAAGUAAGGGAUAGAAUCGAUAUUGAUAAAUUGCAAUGGGAAGUAUGCGCGCAUCUUGGUUGGUAUCGGAUAAUGACGAUUUGGGUUGGAGCAUUGGUUGGAGGCGCAAAUGGCGUUCAGGGUUCAUAUGCAUGUAAGCUUGUAUGUAAGCCUCAAAUUUGUAAAAAAUUUAAACCCCAAAAAAUUGUUGAACACUGGAUAGAUAAUCUAUCUGCA